ACAUGUUAUUCAAAAUCAUCUAGAUAGAGCUAAUUAACUACUUUAGCCAAAACCCAAAUUGAGUAGAAAAUUAUAUUAUGGACUUUGAAAGCCCUAAUGUAGUUGUGCCAAGUGUGCAAGAAUUGGCAAAGGAUCCCAAUGUGGUGACUGUUCCACAAAGAUACAUUCGAUAUGAUCAAACUCAAAUUCAAACCAAUUCUUCUUCUGUAAUUUCUUCUGAUCAAAAAAUUCCAGUUAUUGACUUCCAAAACUUAUUGCUUGAUAACUCAGAAUUAUAUGAAUCUGAACUCAAUAAGCUCCACUCAGCAUGCAAAGAAUGGGGCUUCUUCCAGUUGGUAAACCAUGGUGUGAGUAAUUCUUUGGUGGAGAAACUAAAGCAAGGAGUAGAAGAAUUGUUCAAACUACCAAUAGAGGAGAAGAAGAAGCUAUGGCGGAAACAAGGAGAUAAAGAAGGCUUCGGAGACCCUGGUGUUUUAACCGAUGAACAAAUCCUUGACUGGAAGGAUGUACUUUUUCUCUUUACCCUACCCGUCGCCUUGAGGAACCCUCACUUGUUUCCAAACAUCUCUCCUCUUUUGAGGGAAAGUUUGGAAGUUUAUUCAUCAGAACUUGCAAAGUUAGCCAUUAUUAUAAUCUCUCAAAUGGAAAAAGCUCUAGGAACAAAAAGCAAGGAAAUUUCCAAUUUAUUUGAAGAUGGAUUACAAGCAAUGAGUAUCCAUUGCUACCCUCCAUGCCUUCAACCAGAGCAAGUUGAAGGUAUAGCCCCUCAUUCUGAUUCAACUGGCAUUACUUUUCUCCUUCAAUUGAACCAAGUAGAAGGCUUUCAAGUUAAGAAAGACGGCAUGUGGGUCCCCGUCAAGCCUCUCCCGGAUGCUUUCAUUGUCAAUAUUGGAGAUCUACUAGAGAUUAUAACAAAUGGAAUAUAUCUUAGCAAUGAGCACAGAGCAAUAGUGAACUCUACAGAUGAAAGAAUGUCCAUUGCCACAUUUCUUAAUUCAAAUGAAGAUUGUGAAAUAGGCCCUUCACACAGCUUAAUCACUCAACAAAAUCCUGCCAUAUACAAAACAAUGAGUAGUAAAGACUAUAUCAAGAGUAUGUUUUCACGUGAGUAUAAUGGAAAAUCUCACAUUGAUGCAUUCAAAUUGUAAGCUUAAUUACAUCAUGUACUCAUGGAUUUGAGUGGGGCAAUUUAUAUAAUUAAGAUAUAUGUUGCUUUAAUAUAAAAUAAGAAUAAAACUAAUUCACCCCCACACCAUGUAAUGUGUUUGUUGUUUGUUGUUUGUUACUACCAAAUAUUUUGGAAAAAACUAUUUGGAUUGUCAUGAGUUGUACUUUUGUUGUUUGAUUUGUCUUUAUUUUUGUAAUUGUUUCCUUUCAUUUGGUUUUAAUGAAUUGGGGUGUCUUGGGUUUGAGGAAAUUACACUCUAUACCCUUUUUAUAUUGUUCUCUUUUAUUUUUAUCUUUUUUUUAAAGUCUAUCAUUUUUACCUCUUUUUUUAAACAUUGUACUAAUUUUGCCUCUGUCAUUUCAAGAUACUCUCCAUGUGACUCUCUUAUGUCAGGAUAUUUUGGGUACAAUACAUAUAAAAAGAGGUAUGUUUCAAAUAAAUAUAAAAUUAGAAGUAAAUUUAAUUUAGUUGAU